AUGUCAAUGCCACAUCUUCUCAUGCGAUGCCCGCUUCGAUCUGCCGCUCGCGCACGGCCGUUGAAUUCCUUGCCACGCAAGUCGCCCCGGUCCAUCGGUAUAAGGAGUGCUCAUGGCCAAGCGACCGAGUUUCUGCAGAUGAACGACCCGGAUCUUACUGAGUCCCAACGAACAGUGCGAGAGGCUAUCGCCAAAAUCUGUCAAAAGUUUCCAGACGAGUACUGGAAAGAUCUCGACGACCGUGGCAAGUUCUCCCUGGAACUUCACUCUGCUCUGGCCAAGGAUGGAUGGCUGGGCAUAUGUAUGCCAUCUCAGUAUGGCGGCGCUGAGCUGGGCAUCUCUGAGGCAACGAUCAUGAUGCAGACUCUAUCCGAGUCCGGUGGCGGGCUCACAGCUGCUAGCUCGGUGCAUAUGAAUAUCUUUGGGCUUGAGCCUGUGGUGAAGUUCGGCACGGAGGAGCAGAAAGAGCGUUGGCUGGUUCCUCUCAUCGCUGGAACAGAGCGGGCUUGUUUUGGCGUGACAGAGCCCGACACAGGUCUGGAUACGCUGAAGUUGAAGUCCAUGGCCGUCCGUGACUCGAGCGGAGACUCCUACACGCUAAACGGAUCAAAGAUCUGGACAUCGACGGCGCAGACAGCUGAGAAGAUCCUAAUACUGGUACGCACCACACCAUUAGCUGAGGUUCAGAAACCUACCCAAGGCCUUUCACUAUUCUACACAGAUCUCGAUCGCUCGGCUGUAGAGGUAACGGAGAUCAAGAAGUUAGGCAGAGCCGCAGUCGAUAGUAACAUGCUCAUGUUCGACGGCUGGAAAGUUCCAAAAGAAGACUUGAUUGGAGAAGAAGGGACUGGAUUCAAGAUGAUCAUGCACGGCAUGAAUGCUGAACGUCUUCUUUUGGGUGGCGAAGCAAUGGGACUAGGAUUUGCCGGACUACGAAGAGCAAGCAACUAUGCCCGAGAACGGCAUGUGUUUGGUCGACCAAUUGGCAAGAACCAGGGCAUCCAGCACCCACUGGCAGACUCGUGGAUGAAGCUUGAAGCCGCGAGGCUCUUACUGUACCAAGGCUGCAAACUGUACGACCAGGGUUACGCCACCGGCGAAUAUGCCAACGCGGCCAAGUAUCUGUGCGCCGAGGCUGCUUUCGAGGCUUGCGAGCGAGCUGUCAUGGUGCAUGGAGGCAUGGGAUAUGCCAAAGAGUACCAUGUCGAACGGUACUUCCGCGAAGCCAUGCUGCCCCGUCUGGCGCCUGUGUCGCGGGAGAUGAUCUGUAAUUACAUAGCGGAGCGGGUGUUGGCUUUGCCGCGAUCGUAUUGA